GGGAUGAACUAUCAUGGCGGAGGAGAAACAAGUUAAUGCCAUGUUUCGUAGGCAUGAACAAUUAAAGCGGUGGGAGGAUUCUGAGACAAACAGAGAGCCAGGUUCACCUAAAUUAAAACCUAGAAAAGUUCAAUUUCAAGAUGGAUGUAUAUUUCUGGCAGCCUGUUCGAGUGGGGACCGAGAAGAAGUCACUAGACUUCUGGAGAGGGGGGCCGACAUCAACACAGCGAAUGUCGACGGUCUGACAGCCCUCCAUCAGGCGUGUAUCGAUGACAACCUGGAAAUGGUGGAGUUCCUUGUUGAGAAGGUGGCAGAUGUGGAUGUCUGUGACAAUGAAGGCUGGACACCGCUACAUGCAACAGCAUCGUGUGGCUUCACAGAAAUUGCAAGGUACCUGAUCAAGAUGGGGGCUAACAUUGCAGCAGUCAACAAUGAUGGGGACCUUCCCAUAGACAUCUGUGAAGACGAGGAGAUGGAGAAUCUACUACAGGCAGAACUAGACAAACAAGGUAUUGAUGCAGACGAGGCAAGAAAGGAAGAAGAGAACCGGAUGUUAGCCGACGCCAACCAGUGGCUCAACAGUCGCAUCAUCAAAGAGAAGAAACAUGCCAAGACUGGUGCCACAGCUCUCCAUGUGGCUGCUGCCAAGGGAUAUGUAACAGUUCUCAAGGUUCUACUACAGGCGGGUGUAGACAUCAAUGCGGAAGACAAUGACGGGUGGACGCCGCUGCAUGCUGCCGCCCACUGGGCGCAGUGUGAGGCGUGCCAGUUGCUAGUGGAACAGCUCUGUGACAUGGAGAAGAAGAACACAGCAGGUCAGUCUGCUUUGGAUGUAGCUGAUGAGGACAUGAAGAAAUUCCUGGAAGAUCUGAAGAAGAAGCAGGUUCUGUUGCGAUCGAGAGCUGAGGAAAUGAAUGAAGACAUUAUACAGACGAAGGGGCCGCCAAAUAAACGAAGGAGUUCUGUGACGCGUAUGAGUGGAGAUCAAAAGCAGAACGUUCUACACAAAACCUCCGAACAAGAACGUGUGGCGCUUGAGACCAACAAGAUCAUCAAGCGUGACAGUGACAAGAUUGAUAGUUCCGGUAGUGAAGGAGAGGGCAGCACAGAAACAGAACGACAGAAUGAGAUCAACAAGCAGACCUCCCAGACAGACAAGCCUCAGGAGCGAGACCAAACUCCGACUCGUACGGAGGUCGAUAAGAUGCCAAUAAUAGAUGAGGUCUCCGAAACAGAGAAAAUCCAAGAAAAGGAAAAUGUACCAGAAAAGGAUAUAAGUCCGGACAAAGAAAAUAUCCCAGAAACAGAAAACAUAGUGGAAGCAGAAAAAACUGAAACAGAAACACCUUCAGAAGCAGAAAAAUCUUUAGAUACAGAAAAACCUUCAGAUACGGAAGAACCUUCAGAAACGGAAAAACGUUCAGAUACGGAAGAACUUUCACAAAUGGAAAAACCUUCAGAAACAGAAGAACUUUCACAAACGGAAAAACUUUCAGAAAAAGAAAAACCUUCAGAUACAGAAAAACCUUCAGAUACAGAAAAACCUUCAGAAACGGAAAAACUUUCAGAAAAAGAAAUACCUUCAGAUACAGAAAUACCUUCAGAUACAGAAAAUACUUUGGAAACAGAAAAUACUUCGGAAACAGAAACAGAAACAAUCACAGAAAGUGAAAUCAUUCUCCCUGCAACAGAUGAAACCGUAACUGUUAGCAAUGGAGAGUCUGUUGAGAAUAGCACAGAAGAAGAAACACCCAAUUCCGUUAAAGACAGCAAUAAGUCUGUAAAGGAUUCCUCUAACUCUACAAUUAAGGAUACCUCCAUAGUUCCUCCCCCCAAAGAACUUAUUUCAAGGUCAAUCAGUGCACCGUCCAGCCUUCCAACUGAUGAAGAGGGCUUGAAAAUUUCGACCAAUCACAAGUCCCGAGACAAUGACUACUCUGCUUGGAGAGCAGGCCUUCGGAAGACCGGCAGUACUAGCAUGGUGCAUGAAAGAAUGAGCAAGGAAAAUGAAGAUGAUAGGUCGUUACCUAGAUCUGCGUCUAGUCCAAGACUAGCUUUUGAUCAAAGGAUAGAGGACGAUCGUAAUGGUACUCGAAGAUCUUCACAAGGCACUACAGCCGUGUCAUCACCAGACAAGGGAGAUUCUAAAGUAACUGAUAGGCAUAGUCAUACAGGCAGUAUGGACCAGAGUAGGUCCCCCUACCGCAGUCUUUCCUCCUAUAACUCCUCUGGCUUCACGUACCAUUCUCAGUACGAGCCGUAUUAUCGCAGGAUGAACGAUCGUACGAGUCGCAGGGAUGGCCAAGAUUAUCAGGAUAGAAUUAUUUCCAGAACACCGUCCAUUGUGUCCACGGUCACGACAACAACUGGACCUGUUUCCACGACAACGGUUAGCACGACGUCUGUAUCAUCAGCAACCACAACUGUCACUUCACCAACGACCCCCACUAGUACCAAUUCAGUAUUCAGAAGGUCUUACGAACCUCCCAAACGUGAUGAAGAAACAGAAACUCAAAGGAAAGCCAGGGCCAAGCGAGCCAGAGAAACAAGACGAUCAACGCAGGGUGUCUCUUUGGAAGACAUUGAAAAGGCAGAGGAAACACUACGAAACUCCUCAACAGACAAAGACCGAGAAAAACUUCGCUUAUCACAAAAGGAUGUGACGGACAGUGCCUCUACCGAGAGUAGAGACGUGCCUAGAGACUCAGGCAGAGACUCAAAUAGAACUAGUUCUAGUUUGUCUUCCAAAGACACUUCCUCUGAGGAUACUUCGUAUCGACGGAGAAACUUGGAAGAUCGUCACGAAGAUGAUACUAGGAGCAGUUUUCGAAGGUCUCGAGAUCAACCCAGAGAUUUAUCAAGUUCCAGUAGUCAAUAUUCUUCAGAUAACUCUACAUCAGCUUACAUACCUCGCAGUCAGCGCAACGCCCUAUCAACGUCUGACACCAACACUACAACUAGUCUAACAGGCAGUUCCGGUCUAGCACGCACAUCCUCUUAUCGAAGUCGGUUACGUAACGGAGAAGUUUCCUCUCGAGAGGAAGAACAGAAGACUGCCAAGGAAGAACCCAAGAAAGAUGAAAGUAAGAAAGCAGAUCACGAAGAGAAGAAGGAAAGCUCAGCCUUACAGAAGCGGAGGGCGUGGAGAGAAAGGCGCUCCACCGGCAUCGUUACCUACACACCUGAUGAUGAAGAGGAUGAGAAGGGUAAAGAAAAUAAGCCAGAAGAAGAGAAGAAGGAUGAGUAUGGUGUACAUGGUCUGCUAGAUCCAUCCAGAUAUCUACAUUCGACACUAGGAUCCCGGUAUGGUUCAUCUCGCUACAGUUCCUCCACGGACAUGACCCCCACGGAUCGGUACAGGGACAGGCCCAGCUCCUACUCCGAGUACUCCCGGUCAACGCCUUCAGCUUUAGACAGCGAUUACAAGAAGCUGUAUGAAGAUGAAAAGUCUGAGAAUGAGAGGUUACGGAGAGAGCUAGAACAGACGAAGCGAGAGCUUCGGGAUGCAAAGACAGAGUUGGACAAAAUGAUGAGAAAACACACUGACGCUGCACGCGCACAGCUGAGACCAACGACAAGAGGGAAAAGAGAGCAUUGGAGAGAAAAGUGUCAGAGUUGGAGGAAGAACUCAAGAAAAUGGACAGCCUUAAGAACGAUAACCUUCGCCUCCGAGAGGAAAACGGAGCCUUAAUCCGUGUCAUAAGCAAACUAUCAAAAUAGUGCUGUUUUCUUCUCCUACUCAUAAUGUUCUCAUCAUGGAUAGAGGUCCAAGGACAGUCAUUACAAAGGUGCAAUUGGGGAUUUUAAAGACACUUAAUUAAUGUCUUCCAUUGCUCCUGUUUUAUACCUGCCUGCCUGCCUGCCUACCUGUCCAGCCUCUCACUCGAUGUCGAGCCAGGCCGUAGUAUUAUACCAGCAGCCCACGAGAUCACCUUGACCUCUCAACUCGAGACCUUGACCUCUCGAGAGACUGCCCUUCACCCCAAGGGCAAAAGGGUGGUCAGCUAUGUGUCUGUAUUUUAUCCUUUGAUGUGAACCUUCCCACUUCCUGGCCUCUGUAAUAUUGAAUCCUUAUCCCUAACAUCUUUAAUAUUGACUCCUUACCAACCUUAAUACUGAAUCCUUACUGCCUUCAAUAGCAAUUCCUUGUUUUCCAUACCAUUUUUACUGACUUCUUACCAAUUGUAGGACAGAAUCCUUAGGCCUACAACUUGUUUCCUUCUUCUCUUCUUCUUUUGUUUAUCCAUUUUCUGUCGCAAUUCAGCAGAAUUUCUAUCUGGGAGAAGUACAAGUAAUAUUCAAACAUCUGAAAUCAGUUGCUCCAAAGGUGAAUGUACAUCUGAAAUAAGUGGAUUUAGUGACUCAAAAUCACCGUUUUGAUUGAGACUGCUUGUCAGAGGCAGGCAAAACACUUUGAUCUGAUUGGUUGUCUUUUGUGAAUUUUGAUCUGAACAUGUGCGAUCUCUGGCUUCUGUUAUCAUUGCAGGCACUGGAUGUACAUUUACGAACCUGCUUACACCUUUAACAUACCUCCUUUUGCCUCUUCCUCUUUUUCCUCUUUCCUUUGUAUGUUUGCCAAAAAAAUACAAAAAAAAUAUUGAAAGCUUGUUCAGCCUCUGCCAGGAGGCUAGACUCUCAUAGUCUGGAGAUGUGUAUUUUGUGUUGUAUGAAUAGAAUGUCUGCAUAUUGGAAUGGUAUUGUGAAAUAUUGAACUAGGUGGAGUGUACAGUACGCGAUGCUGUAAUUUAAGGAUGUGCUAAUCUUUCCUUUAUUUUGUCGGGUUGUUUCUCAUUUUGUCCCUGUUAAGUUCCACUUUGUCAAGGAAAGGAAUUCAGUCUUGCAAGACCAAUCAAACUGAUAUUUGUCAGAGUUGUGGAAGGGGAGGUAACUUUCGAAGGCACAUGGUUGAGAGGCAAGUCUGAUCUCUCGAAGCUGUGGAUGUCAUGGUUGAAGUCCUACUCCAGCUACACGAGCAUCUCCGUACGGGAGACUGAAGCGACUCUCGGGGACAAAACAUUUGCAUGGCAUGGUUGUUUGUUGAACCGAUUAUAAAUACAUGUAUAGUACAGAGCCCUGAGCUCCUAUGAUAAUGUAGAGUAGCUUGGUAUUAACUACUGGUUAUGCUUUCGUUGCUUACCUGAGAAAGUUUUGUCACUUGCUGCGACGUCCUCCGACGACCCUCCCCGCAGAAUUACCUGGUGCAAGACACAUGACCAUUCUGGUGCAGUAAGAGAACCCCCAACCACACAGUACUGUGAACAUGGUGCUAAAACGAUCAUAUGCAAGUCUCCAUAGCAACACCGACAACCCUGUAAGCAAAUGUGAUAAUUUCAACAAAUGUUGUGUGAAUUAGUUAUUCAUAGUGUUUAUGAAACUCUGCGAGUUUUGCAAUCACAUGUUACAUGUACAGUUAGAAUGUUUGAAAUUUAUUUGCUUGUACAUUUUAUCUAGCUGUUUCGAGUUUGCCAGUGGCAGUAUUAGGAUGUGGGAAAUGUUUUAUGCUGGAAGCUGGGGAUGAAAGAAUACGUGAAUAGUGCCUGGAUUGGGUGUCAUUAAAAGUGCUAGUCAUUCAGUGAGUGGUAGGACAUAGUUGGAACGUUGCGUUGAUCGUUUGAGUUGCAUUUCGUUCCCUUAUGUGCAAUGUGAUAUGUAGACAGACAUCUCUCUUGGUGCUCUGACUGACAGAUGCUAAACUCCGCCUCCAAACAAUCUGGCCAACCAACACAGAGAGCAUAAUCAACUAGUCACAUGGUCACUGGCCAUUGACCAAUCGGAAGCGAUCUCGCUGUCAACCUCUGGGAGUACAUGUAAUCUUGUCAAACUGCUGACCCUUACCCAUCAUAGGGUCCCACUUGUGCCAAGGUCAGGAUAAUACAGACUAGUAAAAGACUGCUAGCUUGCCUCAUUCAUGGCCAUCAGACUUAAUUCAAAAUAGAGCAAGAGCCAAAUAGCAUGUAAUAUUUGCACCUUUUGAGAUUAAGUUCUAUUUAAGUCAUUUAAGCAUUGUUUAUACUUCAUAUUUUGUAUUCCUGAACAUUUUUUUUACCAAUCUGUAUAUAUUCAUGCAUUUGUAAAUAAUGUUGUACAUUUUCAUAUGGAAAUUAUUUAUUAUAUCAAAACCCCUUAUACAAAGUAUAUUUUGUGAUCACACAGAUCUCAAAAUGAGAUUAAGAUUUUAUAUGCAGCAUAUGUUCUAUUUUUGUGUUGUUGUGAGUGGAAGAAGAGUGAAAGACUGGUGUGCAUGAGUUGAGUGACUAUUUCGUCUUGAUGAGUUCAAGGUACCACCAUGGCUGCUUUCUCCCUCGUCUUAUGAGGGAGUCACUCUAGUACUACUUACUACAAUCAAUUGAAGUGCUGCUUUGGGAGAAGGCAUUCAUUUGUAUCUUCCUUCCCAGCACUAGUCCACGUAGAUCAGGUAAGCAGUGACCUUGGCGAGCACAAACACUCGUACUUAAACUGGUGGUUUUGCCAGGUAUUUUACACUCAAGGUCACUGCCGAUUUCAAGCUCAGAGUUGUAGGCAUGAUAUCUUGUUGGUGAUUGGCUCCAAUAUUUGGGUUAUGUGCACCAGCGCUAUCAUGAAUGUCAACUGAGGUCAAUGUCAGGUCAAGGUCACUCUUGGCUUGACCCUGCCCAACCCGAUGACGUUAAUGUUAAGCUUCCUUAGGUGACAUGUUGGAUCUAAGGCUUGCAUAUGGCUGGAAUUUUUUUGCCAGACCACAAGAUAGCUUGCGGACAAUUCACAUAUCAGGAGCCAGACUCUGCAAAUAAUGGUCCUUCAGGAUGCCUCUUUUGCUGAUGUCUUCAGUUGAAUCAGCUAAAGAUUGUGUCUGGGCAGCUAGUUUCAGAAUCUGGCCCUUGUGUCUGCUGUCUGCCGUGAUUGUUGUGAUAAACUGGCAUGCACAAUAGUUGACGUCUGCUGUCUCGACGAUGUUUAGGUGAUGUUGUGAUGACGGCAACAACACCCAAUCAUCGACGUGACUCUGACCAUCAUGCUCCCCGUAGUGACAUGUUGGACUGCGGGUCUGCAUGCCACGCUCACUAACAAGCAUGGCCAUUUCAGUCAUACAGGACAAUGAUGUAUUUUAUGCAUUUUAUAGCACUAACUCUGUACAGACUUGUCUAUUAACUCUGUAACGCUUUUUCCUAGAAAUGUGCUACUUUAGAGCCAUAGACCUGGUUGUGCAGAGUGAUAAUAUGUACUUUGCAUAAGGGUUUUGAUAUGAUCAAUCCCAUAUGCUUAUGUACAUGUUAUUUCUUGCAUGUGAUUUGAGACCAAAUUACUAAGCAGUGUUGCUCAGCAUAACCUUUGCCCAAUUAUUAUUUUUAUUUUGCACUACUGAUCCAUUAACAAGACUACAUUCAGAGUAGCAUCUGCAUACUGGAAACUCCAGCCUCAAAUCUUAGUGAUUCAUGAGUCAGUGAGCUGCUGUACAUCAUGUGAUACUUGGUGUUGAUCUUGAGGAUGGUUGAUGUCAACCCAACUACAAACUCAACUCACAGUAUUAUUCCUUGAAUGACACGUUGGAUCCAAGGCUUGUAUAGUGCACUAAUCAUGAACUCACAAGAUAACAGUCCGAGUUUACAGCAUGCCUUUAAUGUUUUUACCAUAAUGAUGUUCUUUCAACCAAUCUGCAUGUGUCGCUCCUGCUUCUUGUUUGCAUUGACCAAGUGGCUUUGUUGCUAUGACAAUGAUGGAUCCAACUGGCCGAGUGAACCUUAGGCAGUGAUGGGCCUCGGGGUGACACGCUGGACCUCGAGCUUGCAAAUGAGUUGAAGAACGUCUGUGGCAGUUUCGGUCAAUGAAUAUAUUUUUUUUUAUCAAAUUUGUCCAGAGGACUUUCUUUGAAUGUUACCUUUACCUGAUCUUGAGAGUAUGUAUCUUUUAGGACUUCUUUGUUUUGAAAAAAUGAGGUAAAUUUGUAAAGAUUCUCAUUGAAAUUUUACCAUGUUUCAAACAAAGUCCACUGCCUUUUGAGUUUCUGUUAGAUGCUUCCCACAAAGGUUAUGCUGACCUUCACUGUUUGGGUUUUUGUUUUGUUGACAUUUUUGCCAACAAAUAUGCUCAGAAGAAUGGGAACAUGACUUUCCAUCCAACUGGUGCUCUUUGCUUGAUAACAUAGUGGCUCUAUGUAAAAGAGCAGUUCAAAAGUUCUAGUGGCACCCUAUCUGCAUUUGCUUGAGAGCAUCAAGGCAGCUAGCUAAUCCUUAGUUGAAACUGUACAGGAGUAGGUCAUUGAGGAGAUCUGGAGGUGUGCCUUGAGAUGACCCAACAGGUGGUCUUGAAAAAAUCUCCAUUGGUCCCAUUUGUGACAUAGGGAUCUGUUUUGGAUCCUUUUAAUUAAGUUGCCUACAUUUAGCCAGGUUUAAACAUAACCUGGAAAAGUGAGGCUGAUCUGUGCAAAGAAAACAUCAAUGAUCUUGGUGGUAGUGGAUGAUCUUUGGAUCAUCAAUGAUGACUAAGGCCUUAUUCUAGAGCUGUUGUGGAUGGAUCAUUCUGGUGGUCUUUGAAGUGACUGAAGCUACUUUUAUUGGUCCAGUGGAUGAUCUAGGCUCACACAGUACAGGGUAGAACUCAGCUCCUAGAUAGCUGGCAGUAGGGAAAUAGAUUGUGUGGCCUGCUCUGUCAAAUAGUGAUACCAUAGUGAUUGGGGGUUUAUCCAGUUGCUGUUACUCCUGUGACAGAUUAACCAUUCAAGAAGUUUGUGGACAAGACUCAUUUUCAGGCUCUAUGGUUCUUGUAUUUGGAGUGUUAAUUUAUUGAAAGUUCAUCUAGUGCUACACAUGACAUAGUGCUAAUGCUUGUUAUCUGAUGAAAUGGAGGAGUUGGUUGAAGAGCCUGGGGAGAUGCUUUCCUUGGAGACUUGGUCUUGUUGUGCCCUCUCAUCUCAGUCUGUGUGAUUUGUUUGAUUUAGGAGAAGACAGGCCACUACAAGAUCAAGGCUUUCAUCUUUAGACAGAUUUAGGUUACUCAUUACAGAGCCGAUCCAGUUAAGAUAUCGAUCCUCAGAUUAACAAUAUACGAUAUCAAUCAUACAAUGUACAAGUUAAAUGUGAGUUUCCAUGUAGCAUAGAAUUCUCUGACAGAGCAGGUAAGCACUGUCCUACCAGAUUAGGAAGACAUUUCUGAACGCUGGCAGUGGAAGAUUUGUGUGUCCUAAGCUGGGAGUACUGUAGAUCAUAGACUUAGACUUGUGAUGGCAAGUGUAGCUGCUGACACUCUUGUGUCCAGAGAGUAGAAUGACACUAUCAGUGUCAGAUGUGUAGUAAAUAUAGCUGAAGACUGCCUUACUUGCAAAAUAACACAGGAGAAGCUUAGAAACUGUGAUGUAUCUUAUCAGAAACAUGGGACCUAUGUAGAAGUGUUGCUAUGGAGACUUGCGUAAUUAUCCGGGGUUGCUAGAGACGUUGGUUGCAGGGGUUCAGAUGGUGGUUACAGAGAGAGGUUGUCUUGCACCAUAAUAUGAUGUCUGCACACAGACUUGACCCAACUGUCGGAGGAUGUUGCGAUGUUGUAUGCGGUCAGUCCGGGGCCGCUCCCUCAUUCACCAUUUUGUGAAUAUGUGUUAAUUUUGCAUCAGUAAUGAUUGUAACAUUAGGAAUGUAUAGCACUAAGAUUACCUACCCACUUAAAUAAAUUUGUUUGGGGUUUCCCUAAUUAAUCUGA